UUCUUUGAAAAAGAAAAAAGAAAAGAAAGGCAGCCCUUCUAGGCCCAAACAAAAUGAACCGUAAAAUAACAGAAUUCUAUGCAAAAGCUUGAGAAGGGGAAAUGGCGACGGACAUUAUUAUCCAGACGGCAAUUUUGUUAUUAACACUCGCUAUUGUCUUUGCAAUUCAAUACGUUCCCAAACAAACCUUAACCAAGCACCGAACCGACCAUCGAGCCACGACCCAAACCCAACGCCAUCUCAGCCGAGCCACCCAAUUGCUUUGUCGAGCCAAAUCCAACCCUCAGAAAGACCAAUCUCAAACCCUAGCGAAAACCGCCAUAACCGAAAUCGAAAAAGCCCUUUCUCUUUUCCCAAAAGACCCAACUCCUCACAUUCUCAAAUCCCUAGCUCUCGACUUAUUGGGCCACAAGGGAUCCGCUCUCAGAUCGCUCGAUUUGGCGUUGGCUUUCCCCCGCGUGAAAUCGCUCUCGGAGAAGGAACGCGUGGAGGCGCUGGUGAGGAGGGCAGAAUUGAAGUUGGCGGUUAAUAAGAGAAGGCGAGUUGACUCGGCCGUUUCGGAUUUGGAGGAGGCAGUUAAGGUGAGUGAUAAAGAGGGUGAGACUAAAACGAAGGCGUUUUGUUUAUUGGGGGUUUGUUAUGAGUUAAAAGGGAUGAGGGAAGAAUCUAGGAAGGCUUUCGUAGAGGCGCUUAAGCUGGAGCCUGCCUCUACCCUCGCUCGUCAGGGUUUGGAACGGGUGAGUUUGUCAUGAGUCAUUGAUUCCACGACUCGUCAUUCUUUCCGUUCUUCUAUUUCUUUUAAUUAUUUUCCCCUAAAAUAUUGUAAAAGUAUUUUGUAUUGUAUAUUUAACUUCGGCAUAAUGCUUUCAUAAUAGUUUGUUUAA